AUGGGCCUCCUCUACCCUGCUGGAGGCGCUCUGGCUGCCUUAACAGUAGUUGGGGCGUAUAUGCUUUUUAAUGGCGAGGGCGAAGCGUUUAAUGUCGGGCAAUUCCUCGAAGCCAUAUCCCCGUAUGCUUGGGCAAAUAUCGGUAUCGGACUUUGCGUCGGUUUGUCUGUAGUUGGAGCAGCAUGGGGUAUCUUCAUUACUGGCUCAUCGAUUAUCGGCGGCGGUGUGAAAGCACCAAGAAUUCGAACGAAGAACCUGAUAUCGAUUAUCUUCUGCGAAGUUGUUGCUAUAUACGGGGUUAUCAUGUCGAUAAUAUUCUCUUCGAAGCUAUUUUAUGUAUCCGGUGAAGGCUUAUACACCGGAGACAACUACUAUACAGGAUUUGCCCUAUUUUGGGGCGGAUUAACGGUCGGGGCUUGUAAUAUGAUCUGCGGUAUCGCAGUUGGAAUCAACGGAAGCAGUGCUGCGCUAGCAGACGCGUCUGACCCGAGUUUAUUUGUCAAAAUCCUUGUCAUCGAAAUCUUUAGCUCCAUCCUUGGGCUUUUUGGGCUGAUAGUUGGCCUCCUAGUUGCCUCGAAAGCGAAGGAUUUUUCGUGA